AUGAUAGCGACGCCUAGCCCGACACGCAGGCCCACAAUCGAGGAGAUGAAAGGCUACCGCCAGGGAUGUACUCAGUUGAUGCCGAACGUACCCACCUCAUACGAUUACGUCCCGCACCUCUCAGCCGGCAUCGCCUUCUGCGUACUCUUCUCCCUAUCCAUGACUGGUCACAUUGUGCAAGGCGUUCGCAAGCGGAACUGGACAAGCUAUGUGCUCGCCACCGGAGCCUUGACCGAGCUCCUCGGCUGGACUGGCCGCACCUGGUCCUCGCAAUGCCCCUACAACGAAACAGCCUUCCUCCUCCAAAUCACCACUCUCAUCAUCGCGCCGACCUUCUUCUCCGCCGCAGCCUACCUCAUCCUCGGCACUUUGAUCAGGCUCUCUUCAACCAGCUCCCCCUCUCCCUCGUCACGACUAUCAAUCCUCUCCCCAACCGCCUACCUCGUCCUCUUCUGCGCUGCCGACGCCAUAGCCCUCGCCACCCAAGCCGUCGGCGGCGCCCUCGCGUCCCUCGCACAGAAGCGCGGCACGUCGACGGCGACGGGCACGAACAUUAUGGUCGGCGGCGUCGUGUUCCAGAUGGGCGCGAUGACAGUGUUUGUGGGGUUGUUGGCGGAUUUCCUGCGGAGGAUGUGGCGUCUUGGUCGUAAUAGUGGCGGAGGUAUGAUGACUAGCGGCAACAAGCUGCCGCUGCCUCAGGGUGCGAAGUGGAUCUUGCUGGCACUGUUGACGAGCGUAGCGGCGAUCUAUGUGCGCAGCGUGUACCGGACGGUGGAGCUGCUACAGGGAUGGCGCGGGUAUCUGAUUGUGCGGGAGGGGUACUUUGUUGCUCUCGAUGCGGCGAUGAUGGUUGUGGCGGUGGGGGUGUACAAUGUGUUGGAUCCGGCUGUACUGCUGCUACCGUCAUGUGUUCAAGAGGGGAAGGGUGAAGGUGUCCGAGCUGUACGGGAUGGUGAGGUGUUGCUAGGUGGCGGUGAGGAUGGUAAGGGAGAAGAAAAGCACUAA